CAAACAAAAUAUCUGUGCGAUAUAUCCACUUUAUGCACUCAAGCAAGGAAGAAGUCCACGAGAACUCAUCAGUGUCCUGGUCUGCAGAGAAGACAGAAAUAACAUGAGCACAGAAGGAAAAGUAAUAAAAUGCAAAGCCGCUGUGCUGUGGGAGCUAAACACACCUUUUUCCAUUGAGGAGGUGGAGGUUGCACCCCCUAAGGCCUAUGAAGUUCGGAUUAAGAUAGUGGCCACAGGAAUAUGUCGAUCAGACGACCAUGCGAUUAAUGGCCAAAUUGGGGGCCGUUUUCCUAUGAUAGUAGGUCAUGAGGCAGCGGGCAUCGUGGAGAGCAUUGGAGAAGGGGUGACCACGGUCAAACCAGGUGAUAAAGUCAUCCCACUAUUUACUCCUCAGUGUGGAAAAUGCAGAAUUUGUAAACACCCUGAAGGCAACUUCUGCUUGAAAAUCGAUCUGAGCAAGCCUCCGGGGACCAUGCAGGAUGGCACCACCAGGUUCACCUGCAGGGGGAAGCCCGUCUACCACUUCCUUGGUGUCAGCACCUUCUCCCAAUACACCGUGGUGGAUGAGGACGCCGUGGCCAAAAUUGAUGCAGCUUCACCGCUGGAGAAAGUUUGCCUCAUCGGCUGUGGAUUUUCGACUGGUUACGGGUCUGCAGUCAAGAUCGCCAAGGUCACCCAGGGCUCUACCUGUGCUGUGUUUGGCCUCGGAGGUGUUGGCCUGUCUGUCGUCAUGGGCUGUAAAGCAGCUGGAGCGGCCAGGAUCAUCGCUGUAGACAUCAACAAGGGUAAAUUUGCAAAGGCUAAAGAGUUGGGCGCCACUGAAUGCAUCAACCCUCAAGACUACGAGAAACCCAUUCAUGAGGUGAUCACGGAAAUGACCGAUGGAGGUGUCGAUUUUUCCUUUGAGGUCAUUGGUCGGCUUGACACGCUGAUGGCUGCCCUUUUAUGUUGUCAUGUGGCCUGUGGCACAAGCGUCAUUGUAGGGAUACCUCCUGGUACUAACACCCUCUCGAUGAACCCUUUAAUGCUAUUGACUGGACGCACCUGGAAAGGAGGUGUUUUUGGAGGCUUUAAGAGUAAAGAGUCUGUCCCCAAACUUGUGGCUGAUUUUAUGGCUAAGAAGUUUUCAUUGGAUGCAUUAAUAACCAAUGUUUUGCCUUUUGAAAAAAUAAAUGAAGGAUUUGACCUGCUUCAACAGGGAACCCAGCUGAUUGGUACUGCAUGGAAUGGAAAUGCCAGGGAUGGUGACACCUAUGCUGUGACUGAUCGGGUGUCUGACUCCCUGCUGUGA